UAUAUAUAUAUAUAUAUAUAUAUAUAUAUCUAUAUUGGAUCUUAAAUAUAUAUAUAGGCACACAACAGUAUACUCUAUGUAUAAUGUAAGAGUAUUGGUAGCUUAUCGCGUUAUUUUGGCCUGCCUCAUCACAUAGAUGAUGUACACUGCCAAACAGGAACAUGGGUACAGGCUUGAUAUUUUUUAUUUGAAUUAUUCAGUAGAUUCAUUAGAUUGAAAUGGAAUUUAGGAAAAGGAGGGAGGACGGAGGAGAAAGAGGGAGGGGAAGAGAGAAAAAGAAAGAGGCAGACAGAUAGACAGACAGACAGAUAGACAGAUAGACAGAGAGACAGAUAGACAAAUAGAAAGAGAGGAGUUGGGGCAGGGGAGCCGGUUCUAGUGAUGAUUAUAGCGAUGAGCUCGGCGGAAAGGGGGAGGAGACGAAAAGAAAUUUGCAAGAGAAUAUGCACAAGUGUGGUAGGACAUACGAAUCGCGUGCCUCAAGGAUAAAGACUAUUAGAUUAUUAAUAAAAAGUUUAAAAAGAAAAGAAAUGAAAAGGGAUAAAAGAAAAUAGUAAGAAUGUUUAAAGAUGGAGACGAGUUGUAGGCAUCAUCAACCAUUAGAGCAAAUAAUACACAUAUAAUAUUUACUAAAGGCCUAUAGGUAUAAAGUAAUUCUUGAACCGUUCCUUUCUCCUUUAUUAAUAAUAAUAGCUAGAGAGUAUUUAUUUAAAAGAGAAUGAUGCUUUUCUAUGACUUUCAAAGAUAUUUAAAAGAAUGGAAGACUAGACAUAGGUAUAGAUUUUUCAAGUUUUACCAUCUUUACAAAAAGUGGCAUGCAGUGCAAGUAAUGAAAUUUACCGCUGGAAAUUUGCCAUCUCUUGUUAAAAUGCAACUUCUUUUAUGGAUUUCUAGGCUUAUUGGCCCAGGGGUGUAAACAGCUAAGUGUUGUGCUAUAAUGUUAAUGAAGGCUAUAUAUGAUGUGCCUUUGAAUGGUUGGGGGCAAUGCUAUAGAUACGAGAGGUGCCACACUAUUAUGUAUAUAAAAAAGUCAUUAUAGCUAAAUCAUAGACAGAUAGAGAGGCAGAUAUAUCGAAAAAAAAUGUUUGCAAUCAUUUCCUUAUUAAUAGUCGUAGCUAUCUCAAUUUCAACACUUGUAUGAUAAUGAUGGUAAUAAAUAAUAACAAUAGUACUACAACUAGUAGUAGCAAUGACAAUAUUAAAAUAAAUUCUUUAUGAUAAGCAGAACAGACAAAGCUUAAUUUCUAUGUAAAAGUUUGUACGUCGACAACAGCUGUGUCUAAUUUAUCCAGCUUUGUAUUACUUGUAUUGUCUUGUUGAAAUUCUAGAAUAGACUUAUAGAUUUAUUUAACUUUUGUUAUGGCUCUUUUUGUUGCCUUUUGUAUUCUUUUAUAGAAGGUAUUUAGGAAAAGUAUACAUAUGGAGAUAGUAUAAAUGUUGCGUAAUAGAUUAAGUAUGCGCACAAGUGCACAUAUCUUUUUAUUCGCCAGAAAAUAAUGUCUAUAAAUCCCGAGCCGAAUGGGCCGCUGAAUGAAUGAAAGUAUUUAUUUAUUUUUCUUAAAAUAACGCCCUAACGUAAUAAGCGUCAUUUUUCAAUUUAAUACUGCAAUAUUUCGUCCAGUAAAUAUGGUAAAAAAUUUAUACGAGCAAUUCUCAAAUCCCAAAUCACUGUUGUGUCCGUAUGAGUUAUUUUAGAUAUUUACCUCGAGCCAUUCAUUAAUAUACAUUAAAAUUUUCAUUUCAAAUAAUACCAAAGGUAACGCCUGAUAAUGAAAGAUAUUCAUGUGAAAAAUAGACGCUCGCACAAUCAUACAAAAUGUCUAUCUUAUAUAAAAAACAACACUCUUUAUUUUGUCUCUACAAUUUCAUUCAAGCCGACUACCAAAGUCUUAUUUGAAAUAUGUAACGUAAUGAAGUGUCCUCUUCCGGAUUGCCAUCAGGGGGAGCUUUUUAAGAAUAUUAGGGGGCGUAUGUCAUACACUGUAUCGGGUAUAGAACAUGUAUAAUAUGGUUCGCUUGUAAUUGAAGUCAGACGCAUGUGUGUGCUGUCAAGCUCAUUUUCCCGAGGCGUUACGUUGGUGACGCUUCGUCUUUUUAACGCCUUUUAAGCGGUCACUGUCUUUUUUUCCUGCAGUAGAAAAUACUCUUAUUGAAAUAGUUCCACUAGUCAAUAGAUAUGUACAUAAAUCUAUUUGUAUCAUUGGGAAAGAUAUGUGCUACUAUAUAGGAUUAUAUCUAAAUAAAUAUGAAUAAGCGUAGUGGAUACGAAAUGAAUUUUUACUUUUUCAUUUCCUCUCUCACCACCCUAUUCAUCCAUUCAUCCAUCCUUCUCCUUUUCAUUUUCUCUCACCUCCCGAACGAGUAGCAAAAAUCAUCCAUCUAGAAUGAGAAAAUGCAAAACCUUUAAAGAGAAUUGCAUUCUAUGCAUUCAGAGCAAAAUAUACAAUAUGCGUUAUAUAUCAUACGUAUGUAUCAUGAAAGCCUCAUCUAUGUUUUCCUUUGAUAGGAAAAUUCCCAUUUUGCAACCGCUACAAAUUAAUUUUUGUGCAGCUGCUUGUCGAGUUAUUGUAUAAGGUCGGCGAAAAUUUACUUUUCUCCAACUUACAUUAAUUAGUUUUGCCGGCUAACUCAGCCUUCGGUUUAUAGAAUAGGAAAAAACCGACAUGAGACGAGACAAGGCUAUAGCAAAAGAUGGGAGGGGAUGGCCCGGCAAACACACACACACACAGAGAGAGAGAGAGGGAGGGAGAGAAAUAGAAACAGAAACAAAAAGAGUGAAAGCGAGUGAGUGAGUAAGUGAAAGGGUUGGUUAAAGAGAGACUGAUAGAAUGAAUGAACAAGAGUGAAAUGAAAACAAGAAGAGGAGGAAAAUAAGAGAGAAAAACAAAGACAAAGACGGUUGGCUUCUUCAAACCUUUAAUUUGUAUUCGAUACAUGUGUGUCGUAAUGUACCGGUCUUCCUUUUGUAAUCAUUACUUAUAGCUUUGCAUUCAUUCGUUUAUGAUGAAAAUCAUUUCUUCAUACUGGAGAGGUUAGUUAAAAUAUUCUCUUUGCCUUUGUUGUUCGAGUCAACGUUAAUAAACUUUAAACAAAAUUGUUUAACUAUUUUUGAGAGAAACAAAGGAAGAGUUAGAGAAAGAGAGAGAGAGAGAGAGAAAGGGAGGGAGAAGCGGGAAGGAAGGAAGGAAUGAGUGACUGAGCGAGCGAAAAAGAAAGAGAAAGACAGUGGAGAGAAUUAACGGAGAAAGAGAGAAUGAGAGUGAGAAGGAGAGAGGCAGGGAGGCGGGCGGAAGGAGUGAGACACAAAAAGAGAAGGAGAGAAAAGAAAACAACAAACAAACAAAUGCAAAAAGUAAAAGAUGGUCUUGUAGAUCUUUGAAUAGGGAACAAUACCUGCUACAGAAUUGGAGACUCUUCUCUUUUACUACGUGCAUGGCGUUUGGAUAUUGUAGUUUAAGAUGGUCGAUUUCCUAAGAAAUUCAGACUAAUUGGCGUUAAUAAUAGAGAAUAACAAUCCAUUACGCGUGUUUUACUGUCUUUUUACUAGUCUUCUCUCUAUCCAAGAAUUAAUUUUCAUAAAUAUAGCUCUUUCCCAUCUUUUUAAAAAGCAAACUUAUCAAUAAUUACUAGAGUCAGGUCGACGCUUUUAGACGCCUUAUACGAGUAAAAGUCUUGUUGAGAAGACCGUCUAUCUGUUUUCACUUUCCAUUUGUGAAAUAUGGGUUCUUUUAAUGGGAUCUUAUCUAAAGUUUCUGCUUCGAUGCCAUCAUAAGCCCCGUGGGCAAGACUGUUUCCUUUUCCUAUAGUAUCUUUCAAAUAUAAACAAUCACAUUUGCUUAAUAUUCAAUUGACAGUAAAGAGAUUUUCAUUACGUAAGAGAUGGAAAGUGAACUCAAUAUAUUCGUAAAAUAUUCACGAGUGGUUUCCACUUGUCUAAGAAGCAGACGACUGAAUAAGAGACGCUUCCCUCUUAGCCUUUAAAAACAAACAAAGAACGAGUGGCAGAAAGCAGAAGAAGAAGAAGAAGCAAAACAACAAGAAAUACAAGAAACAAACGCACUGCCCAAUCAACCGCAAAUUUUGUCAUUAUUGAUUAUUAGUAAAAGAGAAGAAACAAUAUGGAAACAGCUAUACUUAGUUUUCGCCAACCGUGCUAAAUCGCUUAGUCGAAGUUUUUAUAUCCUUAUCGCUUCUAUAGUUGGCACGUUUUCUUUAAUCAGCGCCAUCUACCUAUGUUGAAAAUGAGAACUCCAUCUUUUGUUAUUAGACAGUAGAAAAUCAUUAAAAUUUUCAGUUUUAAUGAAAAGAAACGAAAUUUUUUAACAAGUUUUUAAAACUAAUCAAUUUAUUGCAAACCAUUAAGAACUUUAUAAUGGGAAAAAACCUACAAUUUGCAAAAGCGCCGCCUGACAAACAGUACAAACAGCGCCAGUCACGCACCUACGUCAGCUGCGCACGUUCGCCACGGCUCGAUGCGUCUGGGCGUUGUUUGCAAAAUUUUCUGCACAACAGACUUCUUCUGUAUUUGCCUCCCUGAAGAAAUUUAGGAUUAAAAGCCCUCUUUUAUCUUUUCUAAUAGGAUGAAAACAAUGUUCAUGAGGCGGAAUGUUAGCGAAGAGGCUAGUGCAAACUCAAAACUCCUGUCAGUACCGGAUUUAGGUUAUUUAUCGAAAUUAUACGUCGCCAAACCGGAAGCGGAAGCCAUGGACCUGACAUCAAAAGAAAAGGAUAAAGAAAAUGGUGAUGACAAACAAAAAGAAGCCGCCAAAAACGUUAAUCAAUACGGAAGAGUUUUUACGAAUGGACGCCCUCUGCCGGAGGAACUUCGUUUUAAAAUUCUUCAGCUGGCCCUUCAGGGCGUUAGGCCUUGCGAAAUUUCUAGACAGCUAGCAGUUAGUCACGGAUGUGUAAGUAAAAUAUUAAACAGAUAUAAGCGAACUGGAACUAUUAACCCGGGCCAAAUUGGGGGUAGCAAACCGAAAGUGACGACCCCUAGCGUCGUUCAACAAGUCAGGACUUAUAAAAAAGAAGAACCCCAUUUGUUUGCAUGGGAGAUUAGGCAAAAGUUAAUAUCCGAUCAAAUUUGCACCGAGGACAAUGUCCCAUCAAUUUCUUCCAUAAAUAGAAUAAUUCGAGAUCGUCAAAUGACUCGUAAGGUUGAAGAAGCAAAACCACUUGUAUCAAAUGACAAUCACGUCUCUCGACGAAAGGGAACACCUAUCAAAUAUGAAGCAACAGAGGAAGACGAAGAAGCUGUCGAAGACGACGACGAAGUAGAAGAGGAAGAGGAGGAGGAAGAAGAAGAGGAGGAGGAAGAAGAAAAUGAAAAAAUUAGAUUGGAUAGAGUUCCCAUAAUUGCUCACUCGAACGGAAUUCGACGAAAUUUUUUCGUUUUUAAUGACUCUGAAAUUGAAAUUGUUCACGUAGGAAAUGGACGAUGGGUGCCAAAAUUUGAUUUCUCCGACGAAGCUGUAGACUUGUCUCCAUUUAAGACAAAUUCUUAAUUGAAGAAGACAGAAAGACUAUUAACCUAAAUUGUUUCAUUUUUCCUUUUUUUUUAUAUUUCAUAUCUAUAUCUAUAUAUGCAGCAUAUAUGUUAAUAUAUAUAUGUAUAUGUAUUUAUGUAUGUAUGUAUGAAUGAAUGUAUCUAUGCAUCUAUGCAUGUAUACAUACGUACAUCAUAUGUAUAUAUACAGUAUAUAUAUACUGAGAAAAAUGAGAAAAACUGUCUAUGAAAUUGCACUGAUUCUUUUGAAAAAGAAAUUAAACAUUUGACAGAUCUA